CUCUUUUCUCUUCUCCCUUGUCAUCUGGUGUGCCUUCAUUGUCUGCAGAUUUUUGAUGCUGCUCAGUCACGCGUUACUUGCAUUUGAGUCGCAGAGAUUGGAUCCACUUGAUUAUCCCAAGAUGGCGCAGAACAGCACAGAUGCCCGCGAUCGCAAGACUGCCGUCAUCUCAGGUGGUGCCAGCGGGAUUGGUCUGGCAAUGUCGCAGUAUUUUGCUUCCAUGGGGUACAAUGUGGCCAUAUUCGAUGUCAAUAUCGAGGCUGGUAGGAGAGUUGUGUCGGAACUCGCCUCAGAAAGCCCCAGUGCGAAGGUCGUGUUCAAGUCAUGCGACGUUUCCUCAUGGCAAAGCCAGGCGGACAACUUCAAGGAGGUAUACACCGAGUUUGGCAGGGUAGAUGUCGUCUGUGCCAAUGCUGGCAUCUCGGAAAGAGGGUCGAGUGCCCUUGCAAGCAUCGAGGAUGACGAGCCCAAGGAGCCAGAUCUGAAGAGCUUGAGCGUGAACCUCUCGGGUGUGAUAUACUCUGUCAAGCUAGCGAUACACUAUAUGAACAAGAACACGUCGACAGGGCCUUCUCGAGGGUCGAUUAUCUGUACAUCCAGCAACGCGGGUCUCUAUCCAUUCCCAGUCUCACCCCUCUACGCAGCGGCAAAGUCGGGAGUAAUUGGGCUCGUCCGCUCGACUGCCCCCAUCCUAGAGCGGCAAAAGAUUCAGAUCAACGCUCUAGCUCCAGCAGUCUUGGUAACCAAUAUUGCUCCAGACAAAGCUCUAUUCAAGAACAUGAUUAUCACCCCAAUGUCCACGCUGGUCAAGGGCGUCGUUCAGCUGACCUCUGAUCCCAAGCUGACUGGCGAGGUCGCCGAGAUACAUGGAGACAGCGUAACACUCCGACCUCCGCACGACUACGUGGAUGAGGAUAGCAGAAAGAACCUGGAGAAUUUUUGGAAUUUAGGAUAUGCUUAAUGACCACGGCUCGCCCCCAGAAGCAUUUAGUACUCGGAUAUAAGUAAAUCCUCAAUGGCGAACUGCCGGAUAUUCCUUUGCUUCCCACAUGAAUCGUGCUCGUUUACCCCAGAUUUACAGGAAAUCCACCCCCGCACCUUAGAUCCAGGCUAAUGAAAGCCAUCGUGGCUCAACUGGAUGAUGGAGCGUGGUGCGAGUUCGCUACCAAAAGCGUUGAAUCACAUAGCCAGUCUAAAGCAGACCUAUUCUGAC